AUAUUGGAACGUAUGUAUAUUGCUACAAUCUUCCCAUGUAUAAUGAGCAAUGUUAAAAUUGAUUUAUCAACAUCCUUGGUGAUCUAACAAUCAGUGGGAAUAGUUUGAAAAUUCUCCUGGACUUUAAAAUGACAUGCUUAGUAAGUUUGAAAUCAGAUUGAUUCAGAAAAUUCACAGUGGAAUAAAGAGUACAUACUGUAUAUGAUAUAAUUUUAACAGAUUAGUUCGUUUAUGAACAGAAUGGUUUGAAUUUACUCUACAAAUUAAACGACUGUAUCAAUACAUCAUUAUUCAAAUAGUGUUCCAAAUUAUUUUGACAGUAGAUAAAAAUAUAUGUUAACAAAAUGAUAUUUGAUGGGAUUUAUGAUAAUUUUAUAUACAAACUAACUUGAACGAUGAAAGAUACAUUUUUAUAAUUUUGUGUGAUAAUUUCAACACCUUAUAAGGAAGUGCCACAAGAUGGAGAUAUUUCUGUUAAAAAUAAACAUGACUAUGCGUGAAAAAAUUAGUGCUGUAAUUUUACAAACAUAAUAGGCGCUUCAGCAGUAUAUUCGAAUUAGUGACAUACAUGCAACAAUGCCCAGUGAAGGAAUUGUCUAUAGAUCGGGGAAAAAGAAUCUCCAGAGGAAAUCUUCGAAACUAUCGUUGGCACAGCAAAUUGCACAGAAAAGAGCUAGUGGUUUACCUAGUACAAAUUAUUCAGCGAGAUCUGGAAAGUCAAAUAAAACUGGGAGUGAUUUAGACAGUGUUGAUAUUUCGCAUCUUACGAAGCUAGACGAAUCUAAACGAACGCCUACACCACUGCCAACUGUAAAUCCUAGAAACACAGAAAACAGGGAGACAGAAAGACAACCUUUAAAUGCUCCAAACAUCAACCAAAGACAAGGGGAACAACAACAAUCUCUUCCACGGAACAAUACUCAGAAUAUGUCUCGCCAUAACAACGACAGUAGUAGACAGGUUCUUCCUCCUGCUAGUUAUAGGAGUAGUGGUGGUUCUAACAGUAGACAAACGGGAACAACAAACCAUGGAGUAUCUCUACCUCCCAUUCAGAACAAUAAUAAAGUAACGAAUAGGAAUUCAGAUACAGCUGAUUUGUCUAGACAAACGCCUUCGAAGAAUCAACAAGACCCUUAUCCUAAAAAAAGAGGAUAUGCAAAUAAGGAUGACAAUAAUCACUACGAUAAAAAUAAUAAUGCAAGGUAUUCUGAUAAAAAAACGGACAAUGAAAGGUAUGAUAGACCAACAGACAAAUCACAAGAACGUUCAUCAAGAAGGUCUAGAUCAAGAUCACCAAAGAGGGCAGAUAAAGGAACCACGGAUAACAAAUCAAAGAAAACAAACCACUCUGAUAUAGAUCGGUACGAAUCGUCGCAACGACAAAAACAACGAAGCCGAUCGACUGACCGUGAAAGAAAUCGACACAGUAAAUCUGGUGAGACAGAAUACAGACAUAGCAGCUCAUCAAAAUAUCGUGAAAGUAGACAAAGGAGUAAAUCAAGAGAUGAUAAGAAAACCAGAAAGUCUUCUCGAAAGAGUGAAUCUAAACACAGAAGUCAAUCAAAUGACGGAAAAUAUACUCCACACAGUCAACCACGUGAUCAUGGAAGCAGACGAAGGAGCAACUCGAGAGAUCGUAAUUCUCGUAGUAAUGACAGAAGAAAACGCUCUCGAUCGCAUGACCGUCAUAGCACAGUACGUCAUAAGUCUAGGUCAACAUCAAGACAUAGAAAACGAGGAAAGUCUCGUUCUAAAUCAAGACAUAGUGAAUAUCACAAUUAUAGAAGUAAAUCACGUGAGCGUAAUGAACGUAGAAAACGCAAAGAUGAAUAUUAUCGGAGUGCUUCCAGGUCACCUCCUAGAGAACGCAAAGAUGAACAAUACAAAAGUAAGACUAAAACGAUCAGCGUUUAUAAUGAUCAUAGAAAAAAAUCUUUAUCAGACAAUACACUUGACAGAAGAUCAAAAACUCGUGAUUUCAGUCAAGAAAAAUCAAGAAGGCCAUCUUCAAGCGAAUACUACACUAAAGAAAAAAGAAAUUCGAAGCAUACAUCGAAACAUUCAAAAUCAAAAACACCUGUUUAUGAAUCGGAUUCUUGCACGAGUGAGUCAGAUAUUGAAAUAUCCAACCUUUCAAGAAAAGCUUCACAUAGGCGAUUGGUGCGUCCUCAACAAAAAAUCAAGCUGUCGAAGCCGCGUAUAAAAAAGAAUAAGUCAAAAGUGAGACGCGGGUCUGUUUCGGAUUCUGAACAUUCUUACAAAUAUAAUAUAAUUUUGAUUGAUGAAAGUGAUGAUUCUGAAGAGGACCAGCCUUCUAACCAGGCGUUUUAUGUUCGAUCAAAAUCACAACAUGCUGUUCCACGCAAAGGCAGGCGCCAUAAGGUAAAAGAGUAUUAUUCAGAUAUAGAGUCUAACGAUCGACAAAGAGCGGUUAUAUACAAUGAACCCGAUAAAGUAAUAGUUGCUCCUCGCAAUACGUUAGACGUUCCCAGAACAAUACAACACGUACAUACUGUUGGUACUAGUCAACAAAACCAACAAGAAAAAGAAUUGUUCUAUUUAGUACCAGCAUCUCAACAUACAGCAAACAGUCAAUAUAGUCAGGACAAUGGUUUGUUUGACGCUGAUGUUGGAAGACGAGUCGUUCAGAUGUCGCAGCCAAUACAAAAUAGUAGAAACCAACAACAACUUUAUUACUUAAAUAAUAACGAUUCUGUGUACGGCCAAGAGCCGUUAUAUGAUGAGUACAGACAACCAGCGCAACAAAAGUAUUAUAAUCAACAUACUAAUCAUUACCGACACAAUAUCAGUUCGGAAAACGUAGAGCAGAAAUUUUUGUACCGUCAAAAUGUUGAACAAACUGAUUUAUCAACGAAUCAACAAAAUAUGACAGUUAAAGGAAAACAAAAUCAAAUUAAUAAGGAUAAUUCAAAUCAAAAUCAUAAACUUUCAAUGCCAAAAGCUACAGUUGAAGCAAAUAAGCCCGUGCAGUCGUCCAGGAUAACACCUGAUGGACAGAGUAACUCAUCCAAUGGUUAUACACCUUCAACAUUUGAUGAAAAUGAAUCAAGAAUGUCGUCUAGAGAUGAAAAUCGAGUGUCAACAGCAGAAAGGAGAAAGGCAUUAAGACAAUUAAAUGAUGUAUCAAAUUACAAUAUUAACUUAGCGUUGGGAAAGGCACCGUUACAUUCGCCUCCUAUGACGGACGAAACUUUAAUCAAGAAAAUAUUUAACGCUGAAUUUCAGUCAGAAAUGGAUGAUUAUUUGCGUUCUUGAUUUAUCCUAUUUUAGCUUGUUUCCAUGAUUUCGAACCUUUUCUUUGAAACAAGAUGAUAUGAACGUGUCAAAACGUCGUUGAAAUAAUACAUUUACAAUUCCAAUAAUUAUUUGUCUUUUUAUGUUUGUAUUUUAUUCAUAUAUGUCAGUUUACAUCAUAUGUUUCUGAAUAAAAUCCUGCUCAAACUA